AGGCGCCGCUCAGUUCGGGGGCGCCCACGGAGCGGCCGCCAUAUGCCGCGGCUGCCGCGGCGGCUCCGAGCGGCGCUGCCCCCCGGCAUCCUCCUCGUCCUCAGCGUCCUCCUCCUCCCCGCGGCGGGCGCGGACGGAGCGCGGCGCCUCCAUGGGAAGUUCGCACCUCCUGAACAAGGGCUUGCCUCUAGUAAAAAUUUGAACACCAUCCAGGCUACAGAGGUUGCAGUGGAUAAGAAGUAUAAAAGCUUUGGUUCAAGAUUACAGGAGGCUGCAAGAAAAAUUAAAGACAUGGAAAUGAGGAUGGAAUGACAGGCUGCUAUUUUGCCUCAGAAUACUGAAGAUUGUAAAGCAUUGAGAAAUCGAAUUCAUGAUCCUGGAAAUCAAGCUCAGAUUAAGAAAUGUCAGGCAUUCGACCUCCGAUCAUGAACGGGCCCAUGCACCCGCGCCCCUUGGUCGCGCUGCUGGACGGCAGGGACUGCACUGUGGAAAUGCCUAUUCUGAAGGAUGUCGCCACUGUGGCGUUUUGUGAUGCUCAGUCUACACAGGAAAUCCAUGAAAAGGUACUAAAUGAAGCAGUGGGUGCCCUGAUGUAUCACACUAUAACUUUAACUCGAGAAGACCUGGAGAAAUUUAAAGCACUUCGAAUAAUUGUCCGAAUUGGCAGUGGUUUUGAUAAUAUUGACAUCAAAUCUGCUGGAGAUUUAGGGAUCGCCGUGUGCAACGUGCCAGCCGCCUCCGUGGAGGAGACGGCGGAUUCCACCAUGUGCCACAUCCUGAACCUGUACAGGAGAACCACCUGGCUGCACCAGGCGCUGCGCGAGGGCACGCGCGUGCAGAGCGUGGAGCAGAUCCGGGAGGUGGCCUCGGGGGCCGCCCGCAUCCGAGGGGAGACCCUGGGCAUCAUCGGAUUGGGGCGUGUUGGGCAGGCCGUGGCUCUCCGUGCCAAAGCCUUUGGCUUCAGUGUGAUUUUCUACGACCCGUACCUCUCGGACGGCAUGGAGCGGGCUCUGGGGCUGCAGCGCGUGAGCACUCUGCAGGACCUGCUGUUCCACAGCGACUGUGUCACCCUGCACUGCAACCUCAAUGAGCACAAUCACCAUCUCAUUAACGACUUCACCAUAAAGCAGAUGAGACAAGGGGCUUUCCUGGUCAACACAGCUCGAGGUGGGUUAGUAGACGAAAAAGCACUUGCACAGGCCCUGAAGGAAGGAAGGAUACGAGGGGCAGCCUUAGAUGUACAUGAGUCAGAACCAUUCAGCUUUAGUCAGGGCCCCUUGAAGGAUGCACCAAACCUGAUCUGUACCCCACAUGCAGCCUGGUACAGCGAGCAGGCCUCCAUUGAGAUGCGGGAGGAAGCGGCGCGGGAGAUCCGAAGGGCGAUCACAGGUCGUAUUCCAGACAGUCUGAAAAACUGUGUUAACAAAGAUCACUUGACUGCAGCUACACAUUGGGCCAGUAUGGACCCUGGAGUUGUUCAUCCAGAGCUUAAUGGUGCUGCAUACAGCAGGUAUCCCCCGGGCGUGGUCAGCGUGGCCUCCACGGGCAUUCCCGCGGCAGUGGAAGGCAUCGUCCCCAACCCCAUGUCUCUGUCACACGGGCUGCCUGCCGUGGCCCACCCGCCCCACGCUCCCUCCCCCGGCCAAACUGUCAAACCAGAGGCUGAUAGAGAGCACCCCAGCGACCAAUUGUAGCCCACAGCAGCAUUCCCCGCGCCCGACGCCGGCCACCGCGCGGAAAACAGCUCCACUCAAGGCAAAACCCUGGAUUCGGAUGGAAGGCAAAACCGUGGACUUACAGGAGGAGACGAUUAUUGCUUUAGAAACUGGUCCAAUAUACAGUGUAAAAGGAAAAGGUGGGAGACAAAAAGAAGAUUCGGAAACAUUUUUUUCCUCCGUAUAAAUUGUAGUUUGUCCCUGUCCAGUGGACUGAUUCACUGUUUCUGUGUCCUAUGGGUUCUUUGUUAAGCAAGAGAAGUUAGUAGUUAAUUAUAUCAUGAAUGUACUUGUCUGUGUACAGUUUCUAGAACAUUAAAAAGGGUUUGUUUGCUUAGCUGUCAACAAGGAAAAACAUAAGGGAGGCAUUCAGCAAACCAGUUUUGAGAUUAAAAAUCCUUUCUUUUAUAUUUUCAAACAUGCCCAAAAAUGAGGCAGUUGGCAAACUUCUCAGGACAAUGAAUUUUUCCCAUUUUUCUUUCUACGCCACACAGUGCAUUGUUUUUUCUACCUGCUUGUCUUAUUUUUUAGAAUAAUUUAGUAAACAAAAGAAAAACAGUUUCUCCUAAUUUUGGCAUGAAUUCCCUUAUUUCAAAAUGAAGACAACCUUGCAAAGAGAUUUUGAGGAAAACAAAAAGGUUUUGUAUAAACGAGCAUUGUGCUUUUUGUCACCAGUUAAAGUAUAUAUUAUUGGUGGUAUCUGGAAAAGGCACUAGACUACUGAAAAGUAGCAGCAUUUCAUUGCCUACAUUGAUUCCUUCCUGGUAAUGUGGUAGGCUAGCAAUAUUUUUGGUUAAAAUCAUGUUUGUGACUGUAACCAUUUGUAUGAAUUAUUUUAAAGAAAUAAAAAUCCCAGACAAAUAUCAUAUGUGUAAAAAUUUUUAUUUCUAGUAACUGUUUAUUCAACUUUUAUUAGGUUUCUUAGCUGUAAUUUUUAAACAGAUGCUGUCAAGUAUUUCAUUUCUAGCUUUACUUUGCUCUCUGUUGUUUGUAAUACUGUCUUGGAAGCUUGAAAAAUAAAAACAAAAUAAUUCUUUCCAUACCAUUUUUCCCUUUACAUUUCGUAAAUGUUGAUCUUUUUUCCUGUGUUUCUAAUGGAGUUUGAAAUUAAGAUGGAUUUUGAUUUGUACACCGGCAUCAUCAGCUGCAAUGUGGUAACAGCAUUUAUGCCACCACUGUGGGCAGAGCAGAGGAGGUACAACAGCAACACGACAACAGCAGUAAUAAUAAUAAUAAUAAUAAAUGUCUUUUGCCGAAGUCCAACACAA